AUGUGGAGGCCCUCCACGAGCUCCUCCAGCGACAGGUUGCCGUUCUUGUCCUUGUCCAUGAGAUGGAACAUCUGCACGUACUUGUCCAGCUCCUCCACCGGCAUGUUCCGCGCCACCACGCCCAGCGCCUUCUUCUUGAACUUGUUCAUCGCCGAGAACUGCUGCAGCCGAGACCGCACCGCCUCGCCCAGCGACACGUUCGGCGCCGUCUCCGCGUUCUUCAGCCACGGAACUUGCGCGGCCGUGAGCCGGGCGGCGGGGUCGGGGUCGAGCAUCCCCCUGAUGAGGUCCUUGGCGUUGCCGGACACCCUGGGCCAAGGCUCCCGGUUGAAGUCGAGGCCGCCGCGGAUGAUGGCCUGCGCGAUCUUCUCGUCGUUGUCCCCCCAGAAGGGCGGCACACCGCAGAGGAGGAUGUAG